AUGUUUAACAACUCAACAACAUCUCCAGUCCUCGACUGCUCAGACAGCCCCCUUUCAAUAACCGGCAACGUCAUCGGGAUCCUAACCUUUGUCUACGCCAUCUUCAUAACACUUUUGUAUCGCUCCAAAACCUUGAUCAAAGCAAAGGAUGAGAGCAAGAGAUUCUACAUACGAGCGGAAAGAAUGCAUAGUUCGCUUGUAGAGGCACAAAAACGACUGGAGGCUUAUUUCUCUACACUUGAUUUGAGUAUGAACCCAGAGAUUGGAUUGCUACUAGAAGAUGCCAGGUACUGGGCUUUUCAGUAUAAGCAAGGCCUGCUAAGUAAACCGGGAUAUAAACCAACAGAGACCGAGAGGCGUCGUGAGUCGAUUGCUAUGAAAGGAUCCUAUCUUUUUACAAAGGAAGAUAUGGAUAAGGUCGUUGAAGGCAUGUUGCAAACUCGAGCUACACUCGAUGGGACAUAUCAGGUCCUUUUAAACAGCAUGAUCGUCGAUGAGGUCCGAGAACAGAAAACCCUGUUUGAAGUGCAAUCUCAGAGUCUCUCAAAGCAGAGGGCUAUGAUCUUAAAUAUCAUGGGUGCACUUAAUUUAGAACCCCCAGCGGAUUCAACCUCGAUGGAUUCACCCCCCAAACCUGAGCUUUCGCAGAAGAAAAUCUCUAUUAAUAUGUCCGAGAUGUACCUACAACCGUUAGGCAAGGAGAACAAGAAACGGCCGUCCCAAAGAUCUAUAGAAGCUCUUCGAUCCGAGCGGCCUCCACUCUGUGGCUGUGGUCAAUCGUAUACAUCCGACCAGAGCGGCAACCCCUCCUGGUUCAAUGGCGGGCAAUUCGUCGCGACCAAAAUCAACAAUGGCAUUGGUGAAAUUGGAGAGAUUUUCACCUGGAGAACACUGGCAAGGGUACACUAUGAUGAAGGCCGUUGGGAAGAGGCCGAGCAGCUCGAGAUGCAGGUGAUGGAAACUCGCAAGACGAAGCUCGGCGAGGACUAUCCCGACACGCUUGCUAGUAUGGCUAAUCUCGCUUUGGGCCUGUGA